CGUCGUCGUCGUCGUCGUCGUCGUCGUCGUCGACGUCGUCAUCGUCGUCGUUGGCAAGCGCGGCCGCACCGUCGCACCGCCUAGUCGCGACGACGCUGCCGCUACUGCUGCUGCUGCUAAUGUCAACGCAUCCCGGUCCGGCCGCGGCUGCCUGUCGGUGGACCAAUGAGGCCGGUAACGACACCCGUUCGGCGGACUGCGCCCUUCGUGUGCUGGAUCCUACGGCGAUCGUCGCCCUAGCGCCAUCACUGGACGGUGCGCUCAGAUUGCGGAUUCGCUGUAGCGACGUACAUCAUUUCGAGAGCAGCCUGAACGCGCAGAGUUGGCAACGACUCGCUAGCCUGCACGAGUUGCACGUUCACGGUUGCAAAGUGUUGCGGAUACCGGACGGUGCAUUUCAGCCUCUGCUCGAGCUCAAACGGCUCGUCGUACAAACCUUUAACGCCGCUUGGGGGGCCGCCAGAUAUUUGGAGUUCGCGCCACGCUCUCUUCUAGGUCUUCGCGAGCUCCACACUCUCGAAAUUGUCGAAAGCAACGUGCUGGCGUUGCCGCCUAGUCUGCUUUGCGAAUUAGAUAACUUACAAACCCUCAAUCUCACCGGUAAUCGUAUUCGCGAUGUCGGCGACAUCGGUCUGAAAGUGCGCGGUAUCGACGCCGAGUCCUGCCGCGCCGAUGUUCGGAUUUUGGAUCUGUCGCGCAACGAACUCCGACGACUGUCCGAGGACGGGCCGCUGGUGAGCCUACGACAAUUGCAAGAGCUGCACUUGCAACGCAACGUGAUCGCCGAGAUCGGCAAGAACGCCUUGGACGGGCUUACGAUGCUGCGCACCUUCAACGCCAGUCACAACGUCCUAGACUCCUUGCCCGAGGGCCUGUUUGCCAGUACGCGUGACCUACGGGAAAUACACCUGGCGCACAAUGGACUACGCGACUUGCCGCGGGGCGUGUUUACCCGUCUCGAGCAGCUGCUGGUUUUGAAUCUCGCCAACAAUCGCCUCGGCAGCGAUCGCGUCGAUGAGACUACCUUUCUCGGCCUAAUUCGCCUCAUCGUGCUCGAUCUGUCGUACAAUCAACUGACACAUAUCGACGCCCGCAUGUUCAAGGAUUUGUUCUUCUUGCAGAUCCUCGAUCUACGCAACAAUUCGGUCGAUCGUAUCGAGAGCAACGCCUUUCUGCCGCUCUAUAAUCUUCACACGCUCGAAUUGUCCGACAACAAACUCCACACCGUGGGAGCGCAGCUUUUUAACGGUCUCUUCGUCUUAAAUCGGCUGACCAUGUCGGGCAAUUCGAUCACGAGCAUCGACACUGUCGCGUUUCGCAACUGUUCCGAUCUCAAGGAAUUAGAUCUAAGCGGCAAUGAGCUCACCGCCGUUCCGGACGCGUUACGCGAUCUCGCCUUCCUCAAGACUCUGGACCUAGGUGAGAAUCGGAUCAACGAGUUUCACAACGGCUCUUUCCGCAAUCUCCAUCAGCUCACCGGUCUCCGUUUGAUCGGCAACGACAUUGGCAAUCUGACGCGCGGCAUGCUUUGGGACCUACCGAAUCUGCAGAUUCUCAAUCUGGCCCGUAACAAGGUGCAACAUGUGGAGAGGCAUGCGUUUGAACGCAACAUUAGACUCGAGGCUAUUCGUCUCGAUGGCAACUUUUUGUCGGACAUCAACGGCGUUUUCACCAGUAUCACCAGCCUGCUACUGCUAAAUCUAUCGGAGAACCAUAUAGAAUGGUUCGAUUACGCCUUCAUACCGGGCAAUCUCAAAUGGCUCGACAUUCACGGCAACUUCAUCGAGAGCCUCGGCAAUUAUUACAAGAUUCGCGAUUCCAAGGUUCGAACACUGGAUGCCAGUCAUAAUCGCAUUACCGAACUCUCACCAUUGUCCGUGCCGGAUAGCGUCGAAUUAUUAUUCAUCAACAAUAAUUACAUUAGUACUGUACGGCCCAAUACGUUUGCCGACAAAGUAAAUCUCACUCGUGUGGAUAUGUAUGCCAACAUGAUCGAGACGAUGGAGUUGACGUCGCUGCUGCUGACCAAGGUGCCGGAGAAUAAGCCCCUGCCAGAGUUCUACAUCGGGGGCAAUCCGUUCAAUUGCAACUGCUCGAUGGACUGGCUGCCGGCUAUCAAUAAUCAGACUUCGACGAGGGAGUAUCCGCGUGUUAUGGAUCUCGACAACGCCAUGUGCCGUACUUCCGGGCCGCGGGGAGUCGCCAUUGUACCGGCCUCGAGCGCUCGCUCGGAGCAAUUUCUCUGCCGUUACGAGGCACACUGCUUUGCUCUGUGUCACUGCUGCGAUUUUGAUGCCUGCGACUGCGAGAUGACCUGUCCGGCCGGCUGCAAAUGCUACAAUGACCGCACGUGGAAUACGAACGCGGUCGAUUGCUCAGGUCUUGGGGUCGAGGAGAUCCCGCGUAGAAUACCGAUGGACGCCACUGAAGUAUAUCUAGACGGCAAUGUAUUACGAGAGUUGCAGAAUCACGCGUUCAUCGGCCGCAAGAACAUGCGCGUGCUGUACGUAAAUGCCAGUGGUAUCGAGUCCAUCCAGAAUCGCACGUUCAACGGUCUCAACAACUUGCAAAUUCUCCAUCUCGAAGACAAUCGGAUACGCGAGCUCAAAGGCUUCGAGUUUGAACGAUUAUCACACUUGCGCGAGCUCUAUUUGCAAAACAAUGCGGUCGGUUUUAUCGGAAAUCUUACGUUUCUGCCCCUUCGAUCGCUCGAGAUUCUCAGAUUGCACGGCAAUCGACUAGUGACCUUUCCCGUAUGGCAGGUCACUCUCAACGCUCGAUUGGUCGAGCUGUCACUGGGCGGCAAUCCGUGGUCUUGCCGUUGCAAGUUUCUGCAAGAAUUGUCCUCCUGGGUGUCGGACAAUGCGCAUAAAGUCAUCGAUGCCAGCGAUGUAUGGUGUUACUAUGGCGGCGAUGCCAGGCAAACGGCCUAUCGACGUCGUCUCAACGUUAAUGAGACCGCUUGCUCGGACUAUUUCUCUCAGGGCGGCGUAAUCGAGAGUAUCAUGGUGUCGGACUAUCUGCCUUUGGUGGCUGCCACUCUUUCGGCCGUCCUCGUUCUCUUGGUGAUCAUAGUACUUGCCUUCGUGUUCCGUGAACCUGUCGGUGCUUGGGCAUACUCCAAGUACGGAUUGCGUUUUUUGCGCGCCAAACCCGGCAAGACUGUGACAACAGCAACCAUGGGCUCCGCGGCCAUGGCCGCAGGCUGCUGCGACGCCGAUCGCGAUCGCGUGUACGAUUGCUAUGUUUGUUACAGCCCGAACGACGAGGACUUUGUGGUGCGAUCGUUGGCAAUUGAGCUGGAGCAUGGCGCCGCCAAUCUGAGACUCUGCCUACAUCACCGGGACUUGCCUUGCAUUCUGCGCGCUUCCGCGCCCGCGCCAGCGGUCCUCGAGGCGGUGGACGCGUCCCGACGUGUGUUGAUCGUGCUGACUCGCGACUUCCUUCAGACCGAAUGGUCGCGCUUCGAGUUUCGCGCGGCACUGCACGAGGCUCUGCGCGGCCGUGCCUCCCAGCUGAUUAUUGUACAGGCCGGUCAUGUCGGCAUCGAGAUCGAACGCGAUCCUGAAUUACGACCUUACCUGAGAAAUGCGGCACUCAUACUUACAUGGGGUGAGAAAAGGUUUUGGGAACGAUUGAGGUAUGCCAUACCGCCGUCCACGACCGCCGCCAUUAUCGCCGCUAAUACAACUACUACCACAGCUGUCGCCGCUAGUGACGUAUCCGUUGAAAGCAAAUCUUCGCCGCUAGUUUACAAACGUAAUAUCAACACCUAUACGCUCGACGGUGGCAUCGGCAGCCUCGAGAAGAGCGGCGUUUCGACUUUGCGCGGCGGUCAACGCGCUGCUCUCUUCAAGGACGCCUCUUCAGCGCUGAUGCUACAACACGCGCCACCUGCUUACUCGUGCGGUGCCCCACUUUCCCCCGUAUUACCGCAACAACAACAACAGCAGCCGCCACCACAGCCACUUUUGUCGUCGCCGGCGCAACCUAGGCUGACAGUCAAUCACGCCUAUCGAGACGCGAUGCCGGCCGGUAAUCUCAUCACGACCGCUGCUAGUACGACCAACACCGGCAUCGGCGAAGACCAUAGGAGACCGCUCUCCGAGCAUAUCUACUCGUCCAUCGACUCGGACUAUUCCACCCUCGAGAGGACCGCUUGGAGACAGCAACAACCACCGCCAUCGCCGCCCCCACCCUCCUCCGGACAGGCCUAUCUAGUUUAGCUUUGUCAUCGUGUCGCCGAUUUGAUCGCCGCGCCGUAACGAUGAGGUAGCUCGUUCUCGAAAGGUUGUGCUGAAUCUUGCGUUCGUGAUUCGAUCGCGACAUCGUCAUCGCGACCUCGUCGAUUCGCGAUUUCGACAGACUAUGAAUUCUCGAAGACGCUGGGCGCGUAUCGAGCCACAAAUUCCCGCGAGACAUGUGUUUAUAGCUCAGAAACGUUGUCGCAAAGGGAGAGGGACAGAGUGUCUAUGUAUCGUAAUUAUCUGUGAAGACUUUGGAGGUGUGAUAACGGAUCGCCCGUUUAUUUGUUUGAUACGCGACAACUUUUAUUCUUUUCUGUUACUAUAAUGUGAUUGACGUAUUUUCUUUCUGACUCUUUCUGUUCUUUCUUUUUUUUUUGUUAUUUCUUCCUCUGUCUUCCUUCACUCUGUUUGACGUAAUAAAACCUCCCUCUUUACUGCGCGUACAUACAUCCUUGGAAUAAUUCCGAAUUUCGAAAUGAUGUCUCGCGAGAAUAUGUUUUGUUUAGAUGUAUAGUUUGGUUGUUCCUUCAUGUAGAAAAUUAAUUUUUUCACAACAAAAAUGUCGAUAUAACUUAUAAGUUAUAUAAUACAAUUAUUCUAUUGUGAAUUAAAAAUUUCUACGGAUUAAAAGCGUAAGAUGAGGAAAGGUUCGAUGAGUGUCGCAGUUCAAUUUCUUAUCUUGCAUUUACUUUGAUAUGUGAUUUUUUUGAUAUUAUUAUAAUCUUAAUUUAUAUAUAUAUAUAUAUACUUUGAACGAUCAAUUAAGAGAAACAAUCUCUUUAUCCUCUCUAUUUGACAUUGAAUAUUAAAAAUUAAAUUUAUAACUUUUCUAAGAAUAUAAAUUAAUUUGAAAUAUUAUAAAACCAAGACUGUGGAGACACUUUGUCUAACACAUUCGAUGACUUUUCAGCGAGCGAUAGAGCGCGAAUGCACACAAGAAUCUCAUCUCGCGUGAUCGUGUAUUAUAUAAAUCGUCAAGCUGUCCCUUUCGCGAUGAAUUUCACUCUCGUGUGUAAAUACUUACUUCUACUUACUGCGAACCCGUGUAAAUACGCUAUUAUGCAAUGUACAUCUGUAUAUAUAAUGUACGUACAAUGUACAUUGUGUGCGUUGCGUGCGUGUGUGCAUGUGCGUGUGUGUGUGUGUGCGUGCGUGUGCGUGUGUGCGCGCGCGCGCGCGUGUGUGUGUGUGUGUGUGUGUGUGUGUGUGUGUGUGUGUGUAAAUACAUACAUGUAAUUGACACGUGUCACAUUUCGCUGCGUAAUAGGAUCAUGAAGCUAGCUUGAAUUCUGGAUUUUCGAUUAAGUGAAUGACUUUUUGUAAUUUUAUAUGUCCGCGAAAGAAAAAGGAGAAAAAGUGUGGUUGUAUGAUAUGUAAAUAUGUAUAUUGAAUACAUACCCUUUAUUGCUGCGCCUCGUGUAAGAUACUGUUUCUCGCAAAAGAGAGGGUCAGGAAUAAAAGAGUGAGAAAGAAAAGCGAGAGGCAUGCGCCCGCAAUCCGUCGAGAGCAGAGUGCAAACAUUUGCGCAUGUGUCGUGAAACUCUCUUAACUGUAUACUUGAUUUAUUUAAACCAUGUGAAUAAAUUUAUAAAAUACGUUAUUA